AUGGAAGUAGAAAAUACUUGGUCAGAGGAUAGGAAAUAUACACGAGCUCCUCCUCCUCCCCUUCCAACUCCUCGAAACAGUCGGAAGCAAAGAAGAAACAAAUGUUUGGCGGCGAUUGCUUUAAUAUUGGGCAUAUUUCUGACACUGUUAAUACUUGGGCUCACAGGCUUCAAAGUCAAACGUCCUGUGACCACCAUUCACUCUGUCGUUCUAAAAGAAUUGCAGACUUCGCUCGACAUUCCAAGCCUGAAAGUGUACUUUAACAUCUCUCUUGACAUGAAUCUGUCCAUUAAGAACGAGAAUAAGAUAGGAUUCAAGUUCACCCACAGCUGUGUCUUCAUCAACUACAGAGGCCAAGUGGUGGGAGAUCUUUCUAUACCAGCAGGAGAGAUUUCGGCAGACAAAACCGUCUAUAUGGAUUUAACGGUCACCUUUAUGGCCGACCGAUUGCUUUCGAAUUCAGAUUUGUAUGCAGACGUCAUCUCCGGUACUUUGCCCGUCAGCACGUCUACAAGAAUUUCUGGCAAAGUCAUUAUUGGAAUUUUCAAAAUCCAUGCGGCUUCCGACACAUCCUGCGACAUAAUCAUUGACAUCAAGAACAAAAGCGUGGCCAAACAGACUUGUCAUUCUAAGACCAAACUAUAG